AAUGUGUUGGUCGGCGCGCCCACCGGUUCGGGCAAAACCAUAUGCGCUGAGAUCGCGAUGUUUCGCACGUUUAACACACGGCCGGCGGCCAAAGUGGUGUACAUCGCGCCGCUGAAGGCGCUCGUCAGGGAACGGGUGGACGACUGGAAGCAGAAGAUUGAACAACAGAUGGGCCGACAUGUGGUGGAGUUGACGGGCGACGUGACGCCCGACGUGCGCGCCAUUAUGUCCGCCGAUGUGAUUGUGACCACACCGGAGAAGUGGGACGGCAUCAGCCGCUCGUGGCAGCAGAGGAAGUACGUGCGCGACGUGGCGUUGAUUGUCAUCGACGAGAUCCACCUGUUGGGCGAAGACCGCGGCCCUGUGCUCGAAGUGAUCGUCUCGCGCACCAACUUUAUCACACAAAACAGUCGCCAACGGAUCCGUAUUGUCGGUCUGUCCACCGCCAUCGCCAACGCCCAAGACUUGGCCAACUGGUUGGACAUUAAACGCGUGGGUCUCUACAACUUCAAGCCCUCCGUCCGGCCGGUGCCCAUCGAGGUUCACGUGGCGGGCUUUCCCGGCAAGAACUACUGCCCCCGUAUGGCGCUGAUGAACAAACCCGCCUAUCGGGCCAUUCUUCAGCACUCACCGGUCAAACCGGUGCUCAUAUUCGUCUCGUCUCGCCGUCAGACGCGACUCACGGCCUUUGAUUUGAUGACAUGUCUGGCCGCGGAUGGAGACAACGACCGGUUCCUCCAUAUGGAUCGCCAGGCGAUGACAGCACUCGUCCAGAACGUGAGGGACUCGUCGCUGAGGACAACGCUUGACUUCGGCAUUGGCUUACAUCACGCGGGUCUUCACGAACGGGACAGAGCGCUGGUGGAGGAGCUCUUCAGCAAUCAAAAAAUACAAGUGUUGGUGUCGACGGCAACCCUGGCCUGGGGUGUGAACCUUCCGGCUCACGCGGUAAUUAUUAAGGGGACCGAGUAUUUCGACGGCAAAAAGCACCGGUACGUCGACUUUCCCAUCACGGAUGUGUUGCAGAUGAUGGGUCGCGCCGGUCGACCGCAAUUCGACACCACAGGAGUGGCAGUUGUCUUAGUUCAGGACACGAAGAAAGAGUUUUACAAGAAGUUCCUCUACGAACCGUUUCCCGUGGAGUCGCAGCUGCUGUCGGUCAUAACGGAUCACAUGAACGCCGAGAUCGUGUCGGGCACUGUCCACACCCGUCAGGAGGCCGUCGAGUACCUGAACUGGACGUAUCUGUUCCGUCGAGUGCUGAAGAAUCCCAAUUAUUACGGCUUAGAGAGCGUAGAGCCCGACGACGUGAACCGAUUCCUAUCCAAAGUCAUCGACAACUCGUUGAACACAUUGUGCGCCGAUCUAUGCCUUACUAUCGAUGAGACGGACGAGCGGACACUGACGGCCACACCAUUGGGCCGAAUCGCGUCCUUCUAUUACAUCCAUCACUCGACUGUCCGCUCGUUUCACGAGGCGUUUGGCGAUCCGUACGCCGAACCGGACUUCGGCGCCGUAUUGGACACCCUAUGCAACGCCUACGAGUACAACGAACUGCCCGUCCGUCACAACGAGGACAUACUGAACGCCACUUUGGCCACCACUUGUCCCAUCAAACUGUCGCGUCACCCGAUGGACAGCCCGCACACCAAAGCCAAUCUACUACUUCAGGCGCACAUCACUCGCCUAUCGUUGCCAAACACCGACUACUUCACGGACUUGAAGUCGGUGUUAGAUCAGGCGAUUCGUGUCACGCAAGCGAUGAUCGAUGUGGCGGCUCUGGCCGGCGCUCUGCCCGCCGUUCUCCGCAUUGUAACACUGCUGCAGAUGAUAGUGCAGUGCCGGUGGCACUACGACAACCCGGUGCUCACACUGCCCGACAUCAGCGCCCAGACGGCCGCAGCCCUACCGCAGGAGUUACGAUCGCUACCACUGCUGGUCCGUACGGCUCUGUCGCAGGGCUUCCAAGCGCUGCAACGCCUAUUGAAGCCACACUUGAGAGACCAGUCGGCGCUGAAGACAUUGUACGAAACGCUCGUCAAACUGCCGCUCAUUGACGUGGCGUUGAGUGUCGUGAAGACCCAGAGCUCGGGCGCCGAGUCGAGCGACGCGCCCACCGAGAAGAACGAGUGCAUUCCGGUGCCGAUGGACGCCGUGUUUGGGCCGACACACCGACAGCAGCCGAUCCGCGUCGAGAGGGACACGGAAUACGCGCUCGUUUGCGACUUCCAACGGCUCCACACCCGCGGCGGUGGUGGACAGCGUGCGGGCCGUUCGAGUGGUGUUCGCGCCGUCGCCCCGAAGUUCCCGAAGCCGAAGGACGAGAACUGGUUCGCCAUUUUGGGCGACACCGAGCGCCGCGAGCUGUUGGCUUUGCGCCGCGUCGGCGCCAUCGCCGGUAAAACUCAACACACGCUCACGUUUACGACUCCGGCCGAAGCGCCCGUCGGGCCACUCAUCUAUACUUUCUAUUUGGUCAGCGAUUGUUACCUACAUCUCGACCAACAGUACACCGUCUGUCUGUCCGUCCAAUGA